AUUUUAGUGAAUCAGUAACAGAUUAACAUCAUUUGUUUAUAUAGCAACUUCGGUUCCAACUCUCUCCGGUUUCACAGAAGCCGCCAUGGAAGCCAUUAAUGUGCUUCAUCUGCUUCUCAUCCCUCUGUUUUUCACUUUUCUUCUCGCGCAAGCAACUGAUGUUAUCACAGCAAACCAGACUCUAAAAGACGGAGACUCCAUUGUUUCAAAAGGUGGCAGCUUCGAGCUCGGUUUCUUCUCUCCGGGAGGAUCAAGAAACCGUUACCUCGGAAUUUGGUACAAGAAAGUCUCUCUCCAGACCGUUGUCUGGGUCGCAAACAGAGAUUCUCCUCUCUACGAUCUCUCAGGAACUCUGCAGAUAUCUGGAAACGGGAGCUUACGCCUCUUCAGUGGCAGAAAUUAUCUCCUCUGGUCGUCAUCAUCUUCGAAGAAAACCAGCGUAAGAAACCCGAUUGUUCAGAUUCUUGAUACAGGUAACUUAGUUGUGAGAAACUCAGGGGAUGAUGAAGAUUACAUAUGGCAGAGUUUAGAUUACCCGGGAGACACGUUUCUUCCUGGAUUGAAAUACGGUAUCGAUUUCACAACUGGUAUAAACCGGUUCUUGACAUCUUGGAGAUCUCCAGAUGAUCCAUCAACUGGUAACUACACGAACAAAAUGGAUCCAAACGGCGUUCCGCAGUUUUUCUUGAAGAAAAACUCGGUUGAUGUCUUCAGGGCUGGUCCAUGGAACGGUCUAAGAUUCACCGGUAUGCCUCACCUAAAGCCUAACCCUAUUUACCGGUUCGAGUUUGUGUUCACGGAGGAAGAAGCUUAUUACACUUACAAGCUUGAAAACCCUUCAGUGAUCACAAGAAUGCAGUUGAAUCCCAAUGGAGCUUUGCAGCGUUACACUUGGGUCGAUAGCCUUCAAAAUUGGAACUUCUAUUUAUCGGCUCAAAUGGAUAGCUGUGAUCUCUACAUGUUGUGUGGCUCUUACGGAAGCUGCAACAUCAAUGAAUCUCCGGCUUGCAGGUGUUUAAAAGGUUUUGUUCCUAAAUCUCCAGAGGCUUAUUCUGCAGGGGAUUGGUCAGAAGGGUGUGUUAGAAGAGUGAAUUUGGGUUGUGGUAAAGGAGAAGAAGACUUUCUGAAGAUUUCAAAGUUGAAGCUACCAGAUACAAGAACAUCUUGGUAUGAUAAGAGCAUGAAUUUGAAUGAAUGCAAGAGAGUAUGCUUGAGAAACUGUUCUUGCUCGGCUUAUUCGCAUUUCGAUGUUAGAUAUGGAGGAAGAGGAUGUAUUCUAUGGUUCGGAGAUCUGAUUGAUAUAAGAGAGUAUAAUGAAAAUGGACAAGAUCUGUAUGUGAGGCUUGCUUCUUCUGAGAUAGAAAAGUACAAUGUCUAUGACGUGAAGUGGAAAAUAAGGAUGAUGCUCAUUAUAGUAUUAUCUACAGCACUGUUUCUUAUUUGCCUAUGCAUAGGUUUGACUGUCUUCAACAUGAAGAAAAAGAAACUUGCACCAAAAGGUAAAUGGUUGAAGGCGUGGAGACAACACGCAGAAGAUAAGGCAUGUGAGCUAAUCGAUGAAGCUCUCAAGGAGUCGUGUACCAAUAUUUCUGAAGUGUUGAGAGCGAUACACAUAGGUCUGUUAUGUGUACAACAAGAUCCUAAAGACAGACCAAACAUGUCAGUGGUGGUUCUGAUGCUGAGUAGUGAAAUGUUGCUUCUUGAUCCCAAGGAGCCUGGGUUUUACAACGAACGAAAUCUUUUGUUUUCUGACACUACAUCGAUUAAUCUCGAGGUUCCUUCCAAUAAUUUACAAACUAUGAGUGUAGUAGAGCCCAGAUAAACCUUGUAAUCCAUCUCUGUAUAUUACUAUAUUCUAUAAUCUGUUAACAUAUUUUUGAUGAAAUAUUACAAAGACGUCGG